GGGGGACCCCCGGACACUGGGGCUCCACAUGUGGUUCCAAUGCGAGUUGGGGUCAAAGUAGGAGACAUGUCCCUUCAGGAUACCAUUCUGUGUGAUGGCCUAAUGGACGCCUUUUAUAACUACCACAUGGGUGUAACAGCUGAGAACGUGGCGAUGCAGUGGCAUGUGAGUCGAGAGGAGCAGGACAAGUUUGCUGUACAGUCCCAGAACCGAACUGAGGCAGCACAGAAAGCUGGCUAUUUUGAAAAAGAAAUUGUUCCUGUCUCCGUCCCUUCCAGGAGAGGGCCUAUCGAGGUGUCAACCGAUGAGUUUCCCCGUCACGGAAGCACCUUCGAAGCCAUGUCUAAACUAAAGCCGGCUUUUGCAAAGGGCGUAUCUGGCACUGUCACUGCUGCUAAUGCUUCAGGAAUAAAUGACGGGGCCGCAGCUGUGAUUCUGAUGAAGAAAUCAGAAGCUGACAAGAAAUGCCUGAAACCUUUGGCUCAGAUUGUAUCCUGGGCCGAGGCUGGUUUGGAUCCUGCCAUUAUGGGAGUCGGGCCUAUAGCAGCAAUAAGGAAGGCCGUAGAAAAAGCCGGCUGGACGCUGGAUGAAGUUGAUCUCUUCGAAAUCAAUGAAGCUUUUGCAUCACAGUCUGUAGCUGUUGUCAAGGAACUGGGUAUAAACCCAGAGAAGGUGAGAAAUGUAGAUAUAAAAAUUGGCACUACAACUAAAUGCAAUUGAUCCUUUUUACUUCCUGAUUCACCCAAUGGGUCAAUGUGGGAUGUAAUAAAACAACAAAUUGCAUUUAUAAA